CCAUUGCAGCUCUCUAGCUCGAAGCGUCGAACCCGGCCCUUGGAAGAAAGCAAAAAUCACGAACGCCAAGCUAGCAGUCGGAGCAGUGAGGUCCUAGGCUCCUAGCAGACAUGGACGGCAAGAAGAAGGUGCCUCCUCCGCGGCCUGUGACGGUGGCCAAGAAGAAGAUGCCAGUUUCUGACUGGCUGGCCUGCGGUUGGGCGCUCCUCAGCGCCUGCGCCAUCGCCUUGGGCCACUACCACCGCCUCUUCUGCAGCCAGGCCACGUUGAUUGUGCGGUGCGGGUCCGUUGAGCUGACGGGCAAGAAGGCCAUCUACUUCAGCGCCCUCUGGAUCGGGGCCCUAUGCUGCGCCGCGUCCCAGGCGGCCGCGGCGGCGCUGGCGUUGCUGCUCCCACGCCGCCACCGCUGGGUCAGCCGUGAAGACCUGGCCUUCCUCGCGGUCGUGCUCAACAGCGCCGGCCACUGCAUGUACAACGGCUCCGUCUACAUCCUCCGCCGAGGAGACUACUUCACCGUGGCCUCGCUCUGGUUCUGGGUGGGCGACAUCAUCAGCUCCCUCCUCCUGCAAGGUGAGGAGUAGGGCAAGCAGGGGAUCGUGUAAUUUUUUACUUCCCCAUGCAUGUCUGCAUGUGCCUGAAAAUCUUAUACGACCCAGGUCGUACGCUCCCCAGGUGAGACCCCCUCCGAUUCGUGACACGUGUAUACAUCAAUCUCAAAGCAUCAGUGCCUCUGUUAUCCCUAUUCUUCCCGAUUCCCAUCUGUUCUUUAUUUGACGACCCCUCGCUGGGGCGGCCGUGCGGCACGACGCCGUCCUCUUCGAUAUGCCUGCGCGGACCACCCCUCGCCGGCGGCGGCCGUGCGGCACGACGCCAUCCUCUUCGAUAUGCCUACGCGGACUACCCCUCGUCGGCGGCGGCCGUGUGACAUCUGCUACGUCACGCGCGAAGUAGGCCAUGGCGACGAACUGCACAAGGUACUGACAGUAUUGUCGACGGCGG